ACGCAACAUGGAUGGGUCCAGGACCAGAAAAAUCAGCUGGGGACUACCAAGGAGCAGUGUACCUUACAAAUUUCCGAAGGGCCCUACUGCAAUUUGCAGUUUGCUUUGAACUCAUGCUCCCACACUCAGAAUAUGGUCUUGGCAGAUCAAUCAAAGUGCGACAAGAAGCUAACUCUUCAUGAGUUCGUCGCGUAUGGAUCACUGCGUGCUGGUGAGCAACUACAGUGGUACAACAUGUUGCGGGAACUGGCAUCAUCGUCCCUAUCAUUCAACGAGCCACCCGUUGUCCAACUCUUCAAACAGGCCGCAUGGGAAUUUGGGUCAUUUUACCACGACACUAUGCAAAGGGUGUCUCACCGAGCCUUUGAGGAUUCCAAUUUUUGUGGGCGUCUCCUGGAGGUGCUACGGAGAAGACUGGAGAUGAUUGAGGGCAACUGGAAUGAACACGCAGCUCUCAACCUCCUUGUCACCCUUGGUGUGCGCUCGUUUUGUUUCUCGGGUGGCUACCUAUCUAGCCAAGAAUCUCAAAGCUUCAUUCUUGAGGGGUUCGCAAAGUUUUUACGAGAUUGCAGAGAAGUCGCGCUCGAUUGGUGUGAACAACUCAGCCAUGAUCUCCAUGGCCGUGACAAAGAUCAGAGCCAGAGAUACCAAGAUCUUAUCCUCAAAAUUGCUAAAUUGACCUACGAUGUGGAUUCGAAUCGGAUUGGCUGGAUUUUGCACAGCGCUCGAGAUAUCUUUUGUCUAAUCAGGAGCUCGAUUCUUCUUUUUGAGAAUUCCGCCUCGGAUAUCGACAGGCUGUCUCAUAAUGACCUCAAGCUUGCCCUGCAGAACGCACAAAGAAUCCGCUGCCUAUUGAAGGAUCAGGUCUUCUCCAUAGUCAGCGAAAACCCUGCAGGUUUAAAUGAAGCCGUUGGGAGGAUCCUAUGGUAUCUCAACUCUUCCCAGACUUGGGAGCAGUGCAAUGGAGCAGAUGGGUGGCUCUCAGCUUGCCCCGAAGGCACAAGCCAAAUUCUUCAGCAACAGAUCCAUUUUGAUGUUCUCAUGGGUGAACUUCUUGUGGACGGAACUCCUCCAGGAAGGCUUCCACAGAGAUUCACAGCUAAUGGUAUGUACCAAAGGUUAUUUGGCUGCACAGCACUACCAGUGAUGCCUUCCAACUUGCCAGGAAUUUCUUUUGUGUCUGCACAGCUGUGUGGUGAGUUCGAAGUACAUUUCGGAAUUUCAAAGGAGAACCAAGUUUUUAUCAGAGCACGAAGCCCAACUCAUCUUUUGCAACUCCUACCCCAGACGCUACUCACAGGAGAUUUCCCCGAUCAGUUCGUCACUGAAUACUUUCAGUGGGUCGAUUUGCAAACUGGGGUUAUCGAGUUCCGUGCCUUGGGUCAACCAUGGGAAAUUAAUCUGAAUGAUUGGCAUGCCCGACCGGAUCAACUGAAAAAACUCCUCUGGAAAAGGGGGAGAAGACACUGGUCGAUGUACACAGCCAGCUGUUUCUUAAAAUUGCGAGUAUCCUGCAGCCACUGGACACCAAGGAGCAUCUGGUCGUUGUAA